GGUCACUCAUUUAUUUUAAUUCUUUGUAAUUUUUCACUUGCAUAAAAUCUUGUACGAAUGGCUAUAACGAAAAAAGUAUAUAAAACACGACUAACACCACUUGCUUCACUUAUUAUUGGUCCCUCACUCUAACAAAAAUAAAAACUCCCCCUCCUUUCUUAUUAAAUUCCCCUGUUUUUUUUUUUAAUCAACUCUCAUAUUUAUCUCCAAAAUACAAGGAUGAUACACACAAAAUCAGAGUCAGAUUUAACAAGUUCAGCACCAUCAUCACCUUCAAGAUCACCAAAAAGACCAAUAUACUAUGUACAAAGUCCAUCAAGAGACUCACAUGAUGGAGACAACAAGUCAGCUUCAUUACAAGCAACACCUAUGUACAAUAGUCCUAUGGAGUCCCCUUCACAUCCUUCCAUGGGUAGGCACUCAAGGAACUCAUCCGCAAGCCGGUUUUCGGGUGUGUUUCGGUCUUCCUCGGGGCGAAAAGGGAGCCGAAGGAGGAAUGAGAAAGGUUGGCCUGAGUGUAAUGUAAUUCUUGAAGAAGGUCACUAUGAUGGUGUUGAUGAGAAAGGGUUGUCAAGAAGGGUUCAAGCCUUAAUUGCGGUGUUUAGUUUUGUUGUGUUGUUUACUUUGUUUUGCUUGAUCAUUUGGGGUGCUAGUAGACCUUUUAAAACUCAAGUCACUUUGAAGAGCUUAUCAGUACACUACUUCUCUGUGUCGGAGGCAACGGAUUUCUCCGGUGUACCAACAAGAGUAAUGACAUUCAAUGGCUCACUGAAGCUAGGCAUACACAAUCCUGCUACAUUUUUCGGCAUCCAUGUUAGCUCAACCCCCAUUGCUCUUCUCUACUCGGAGAUUACAGUUGCUACUGGUCAGUUACUGAAACAUUAUCAGCCUAGAAAGAGUCGAAGGACUACUUCAAUUACAGUAUACGGAGACAAGGUACCGUUGUAUGGUGCUGGAUCAAGUGUAGAUGUCUCUAACGAGCACGGUGGCCAGGUUCCGUUCAUUCUCGAAACGGAGAUCCAUUCUCGAGGAUAUGUCGUUGGGAAGCUAGUGAAAACGAAGCAUCGUUUGCACGUAUCCUGUAACAUUACGGUCGAUUAUCUAAGCACCAAGCCUAUCAAAUUUAGGAAGAAUACUUGUUCAUACUUUUGAUAAAAUAAAUACUUAAUUUGGGUGAUGCAAGAGUUGUUAAUUUGUUAUUGUUAUCUUAGUUUUGGGAAGUGUAUGUAGUGAUACUUGUAGAUAACUAGCUAGAUGUCUUGUGUAUUCAAAAGUUAACUUUUAUAUUGCAUUUCUUUUCUUUUCUAAUUUAGAUUACAACUUCUUUAAUUUA